AUGGCUGUCUCAGACGAUCGCCGACUGGCCAAAGAAUUGGUGCAGAAAAUUGCAAAAAAGCACGGAUAUAUCGCAGAGGAGACUCUGCAGCAUAUCAAUGAUCUGGAGGCACGCCGCGAGAUCGAAACUGCUUUUCAUAACCUGGGUGUGCUGGGUGGACUCAGCAUUAUCACGCAUGUAGUCCCUAUUCAGAAAUUUUUGAACUUCAAGUUAACAUGGAUCAAUAGGUUAGCAAAGAACCUGUACUCGAGCAAGGCGCGUUUCAUUUUUGAGCUCCUCCAGAACGCCGACGACAAUCAGUACAGUAGAGCUGCAGCAUCAGGCUUCGUACCAUUUGUCUCCUUCCGCGUUUUCCCGCAUCGGAUUGUCAUCGAAUGCAAUGAGGAUGGUUUUACUCACGAAAACCUAAUGGCGAUUUGCUCGGUCGCACAAAGCUCCAAAACAGGGGCCCAGGGCUAUAUUGGCGAGAAGGGCAUCGGUUUCAAGUCUAUCUUCAUGGUAGCAUGGAAAGCACACAUCCAGUCAGAAGCCUUCUCAUUUACCUUUAGACAUAAGAAGGGGGAGUCUGGGCUGGGCAUGAUCACGCCGGUAUGGGAGGAGACUGAUGAAGUGUUGGAGUCACCAUUGACAAGGAUCACCCUCUAUCUCCACAACACUGAAAACAGCACUGCAGUGGCGGAAUCACGAGAGGCAAUCCGGAAACAGUUCGACGAGGUUCAAGAAACUGUCCUCUUGUUUUUGAAGAACAUUCGAAGAAUUCACAUCGAAUUUUAUGAUGACGACGGACGACAGACAACUUCCGUCACACAUAUGUGUACUCAACCUCAACCAGACCGGGCUAAGCUGGAGAGUAUCUAUACCAUAAACGGACAGCCACAGAAACGAAUCAAGCACUUUCACGUCACGCGCGUAAGUGCGACGAACCUUGCCAGAAACGACAACAGAACCUACUCCGAGGCAGAAGAGGCAGUCAAGGCGUAUUCGGUUUCCGAAGUCGUCGUCGCCUUCCCGCUUUCGGAGGCAUCGGCACCCAUCAUUGAACCCCAAGAGGUAUUUGCCUUCCUCCCGAUGAGGCCAGCUGGAUUCAAAUUCUUAAUCCAAGCCGACUUUGUUACCAAUGGAAACCGACAAGACAUCGUCAAGGAUUCUCUUCGUAACAUCGAUCUGCGCCAUGCUGUUGGCGAAGCAUUUGUUACCGCUGUUACCCAGUUCCUCGCACAUGAGACAUUGCGAUAUCGAUGGGUCCAGUUCCUACCAGAUAGGCAAAAUGACUCUUGGGAUUCGUUUUGGCUUGGCUUGGUUGAGAAGAUCGCUACACUACUGAGAUCCGCGCCCGUGUUUUAUGAUCACAAGGGUUUCGUCCCGCGAACAGUAACGGAGCUUUUCCGUAUGACGCAUGAAGGCCUUGAUGAGCACGGAAACCCACUGUUAUUUCACGACGGUACAGCAGAACCGAACUUCGUGUUCUUGGAAGUUACGGGCUGCAAAAUGUAG